AUGGAUCUGACAUCCGGAAGUAGAAGAAAAGUCUUGAACAUUUUAUCAAUGUUCAGAACAUUCGCAUUGCCAGUGACAAUAUGCUGUUUACUGUCAUUUGUUUAUUGCAAGACAACAGGGGAGUUUGGAACUGUUAUUGGUAUUGAUCUGGGUACCACAUACUCGUGUGUUGUUGGAGAUGCUGCUCAAAAUCAGCUGUUAUCCAAUCCAAAUAAUACGAUAUUUGAUAUAAAACGCUUAAUCGGCCGUGAAUUUUCAGAAGAAACUGUUCAGCAGGAUAUAAAACAUUUUCCAUCUGAAGUUGUUAAACGUGACAAUAAACCAGUAAUUAGAAUACGCAGGAAGUCAUCUCGUUUUACUCGGGCGAUGGUGUACCUACAGCAGAAACUCGGAUGGACAGAAACAGGUGGAAAAACGUUUGCCCCAGAAUUAUAUUAUACGCCAGAAUUUGUACAAGACAGCUCUCAGCGUCAAGCUACAAAAGAUGCUGGCAAGAUCAGCGGUUUAAAUGUGUUGCGCAUCAUCAAUGAACCGACAGCUGCAGCGCUCGCAUAUGGAUUAGAUAAAAAACAGGGCCACAGCAAUAUUCUAGUGUUCGACCUUGGUGGUGGUACAUUCGAUGUAUCAAUAAUGAAAAUUGAUAGCGGUGUUUUCACAGUACUUGCUAUAAAUGGUGAUACACAUUUAGGUAAUACAAAUAACUUCAAGUAUGUCUCGUGUCAUAGUAAGGUAAAUAAAAGUGGUCGUUUAACUCUCAAAUCUGGUUUCGAUCUCAAUCUGAGAUCAGAAUUAAAUGAAAUUAUUAACAAUGAUCAAUCUGUACGCUCACAAAUAGCUUCUCUACAGCAACAGACCAGUACUGACCAAUCAAAUAGUCCCAGUAGUAGUAAUUCAAAAGCAAAUUCUGACACAAGUAAUGAUCUUGAUAUUACUAAUAUUUCCUUAUUAAAUAUAGUGGAAUCGGUAAUCUGUGCCAAAAUCGAAAAACGUUUGAAAGAAUUUGAAAAUCGCAUUGAUGAUAUCCAGGCACAUCUUCAUGAAACGGAGUGGUAUAACAGAUCUUUUAAUCUACGAUUCUUAAACGUUCCAGAACAAAAAUAA